AUGAGGCCCGCCAACCUUUUGCAGCUCGUUGCCCUGGGAGCCAUUGUCCCAGGAGCACUCGGCGCUCCGCAGGCUGGACAGGGCGCCCUUACCCGACAAGGCCGUGGGUCGUACUCGAAUCCCGAGCUGGGGAGCCAGUCUAGCUACCUCAACAGCCACCUCUCGUCGUCCCGCGCCAACAGCCUUCCCGUCCCGGUUCGCCCUGCCGGCGCCAACGGCAACAACGGCUAUCCCGUCCCGGUUCGCCCUGCCGGCGCCGGGCCCGCGUCGGGUUACCAGGGUUCUUCGGGGUCUUGGAGGCAAAACUCGGCUGGCUUCGGCCGCCAGGAUUCUAUGGGCUCUUCGGGGGGUGGCCUAGGCCGCUCGGGCACCCUCUACCGGCAGAAUUCAAUGGGUGGUGAAGACAGGUUUCACGAUUCGUCUGACGAGUUUGAUCAGUCCGGCUCGGGAGGCGCCGCCAUGGGCGGUUCCAUGGGUAGUUCCAUGGGUAGUUCCAUGGGUAGUUCCAUGGGUAGUUCCAUGGGUGGUUCACCAGGUGGCUCCAUGGGUGGUUCCAUGGGUGGUUCCAUGGGUGGUUCCAUGGGUGGUUCACCAGGUGGCUCCAUGGGGGGUUCCAUGGGUGGUGCAGCGGGUGGUGCCAUGGGUGGUGCAGCCGGCGGUGCCAUGGGUGGUGCCAUGGGUGGUGCAGCCGGCGGUGCCAUGGGUGGUGCCGAGGAUGGUGCAGCAGGUGCCGGUGCCGGUGGCCGUGGCCGUUUCCGCAAUGGUAUCAACAAGAUUAAGGACCGGUUUAACCGGAACGGUCAAGCCGCUGACCCCAACGUUGACCCUUCGGCGGCCGAUACUCAGGCCCAGGGUGGCGGCCGUAGCCGUUUCCGCAAUGGUUUCAACCAGAUCAAGGACAGGUUUAACCGGAACGGUCAAGCCGCUGACCCCAACGCUGACCCUUCGGCGGCCGAUACUCAGGCCCAGGGUGGCGGCCGUAGCCGUUUCCGCAAUGGUUUCAACCAGAUGAGGAACAAGUUUAACCGGAACGGUCAAGCCGCUGACCCCAACGCUGACCCCUCGGCGGCCGAUACUCAGGCCCAGGGUGGCGGCCGUAGCUCCGUUUUCCGCAAUGGUUUCAACCAGAUGAGGAGCAAGUUUAACCGGAACGGUCAAGCCGCUGACCCCAACGCUGACCCCUCGGCGGCCGGUGCUCAGGCCCAGAGUGGCGGCCGUACCUCCGGCUUCGGCGGCCGUUUCAAGAAAUUCACGGCAGGGAUGCGCAGGGGACGGUCAAGCCGCUAA